AUGCCUUCCCAAAAGCCCGAUCUGCAUCCGUUGAAGACUCCAAAGUCAUUCAUAUUUCCCUCGGAAAUACACAAGGACUCCAAGACCCUCACCGUCGAUGACAUCAAACGCGAAGAUGGAAGCGCAACGCCUAUCACACCCCCACUAGCAUAUACCGAUUUUCUCAAUGCCCUCACACCAGUCUUUACAAGUCCGUCCCGCACUAUCCUCUGGGAAUUCACUCAAAUCGCCCGCCACACCAUGUAUUUCUCUUCCGCCCCCUCCUCUUGCACUGCGAAAUCAUCCAAGGCCCCGCCUGCGCUAAGACGACUCCGCAUUCCUCAAUCGCUCAAGCCAUUCUCUUCAAAGGACUCUCCACGAACUGCCACCCCGUGUAGUGCAACCCCAUACAGCGCGAGUCCAUAUAGCGCAAACCCGUGGAGUGCACUUCCUCGUAGUGCAACAAGUGCUCGGUCACCUUUCUCUCCGUCGGAUUGGAAACUUCGAUAUCUUGAGCCACCCAAAAGUGCAACUACGAAAGCUGUGAGUGUUAGGCAAGUCGUGACUCGGACGGUCACAUACAAGCGCACCCCGCUUGAUCCCCCUCCGAAGGGAAAAAGACGCAAGACCCAAGAAUGUCGAGAUGUUUGA